AUGGCUUCCGCCACCGCAAAAGAAAUAGCUUCAGAGCUCCUCCCUCUAAUCAGAAUAUACAAAGACAGCACGGUGGAACGCCUCAUGGGCUCUCCCUAUGUGCCCCCAUCUCCUCGUGAUCCAGAAACCAACGUCUCCUCCAAAGACAUCACCAUCUCACAAAACCCUAGCAUCUCCGCUCGCCUUUACCUCCCUCUUCAAAACCAAAAUUACCAACACCCCCAAAAUCCUAUCCCCGUCUUGGUUUACUUCCACGGUGGUGGAUUUUGCUUCGAAUCCGCCUUCUCAUCUGACCACCACCGUUUCCUCAACCGCUUGGUCUCGCAAGCCCAAGUCCUCGCCGUCUCAGUUGAGUACAGGCUCGCCCCAGAAAACCCAAUUCCCAUGUGUUACCAAGAUUGCUGGGAUGCUCUUCAAUGGGUCUCUUCCCACAAACCCCACAAAGAAUCAGAUGCUAGCAAUGCUGACAGAGAGCCAUGGUUGGUCCAGUAUGGUAAUUUUGGUAAAUUGUACAUUGGUGGUGAUAGUGCAGGUGGAAACAUAGUGCAUAACGUGGCUAUGAAGGCAGGGUUUGAGAGUUUGUGUGGUGGGGUGAAAAUUGUGGGGGCAUUCAUGUCACACCCUUACUUUUUAGGGUCAAGGCCAAUUGGGUCAGAGCCUAAAGGAGAAAACUUUGAGAAGUGGCUGCCUUGUAAAGUUUGGAAGUUUUUGUUCCCAUCAGCUCCUGGGGGUAACGAUAAUCAAAUGGUCAAUCCGGCAGGUGAAGGUGCACCGAGCCUGGCUGGACUCAGGUGCUCCCGACUGCUCGUAUGCGUUUCUGGGAAGGAUGAGCUGAGGGAUCGAGGCAUUUGGUAUUACGAUUUGGUGAGGAAAAGUGGGUGGGAGGGAGAGUUGGAGGUGUUUGAAAUGAAAGGUGAGGAACAUGCUUUUCAUAUCUUGUGUGAGGGUAAGGCUGAGAAUGUGAAGAUUAUGAUCAAACACUUGGCUUCUUUUCUUGUCUAG